UCAACAACCUUGCGCCAUCGAUAGGGUACAACUCGAGUUUCCUCUCUCUCAUCACACCAUUAUCAACCCCGGUCUUGUACUCCAGCAGCCAUGAAAUUAAUCCUUUCUACCUCGCUCGAAUAUUAUGACCGCCGGCGGUCCAUCUAUCAUUCGACAGCCGACAACCUUCAAGUCCAAUGUGGAACUGGUGAACUCUCUCCGGGCGAAUUUCGACGCCGCACGACAACUCCAAUCUCCCGACACAUCCGGGUCAAGCUCCAGCUCCAGCUCCAGUCCCGAACGCUACGCCUCGUGGACAGAGAAAAAGGACGAUGCGCUCUACAUCCCCGCCGUGGAUUUCUCGGAACAUGGACUCGCCGAGGAACGAUCGCAGUACGACAUUACAGUGAAAUUAUUCUAUCUACCGGGGAUCCCCGUGUCACGGCGCUGCGCGCAUACCAGGCAGGCGAUUGAUCUUGUGUUGAAGGAACUCCGUGUAGACUCUAUCGAUUUGUUGAUUGUCUCGUUUCCUGGGAUUUUAUUUGACGCGGAAGACGACAGCGAGGAGGAAGUGUCCUCGGAGGACGGAGGCAGCGAGGAGCAGCCCUCGGAUGACUUUGACAGUAUGAUCCAGACCUGGAGGACUUUGGAGAGUUUGCAAGAGAAGGGUAUGAUUUCGCAGCUCGGUGUUGCGGAGUUCGGGAGUGAGCGGUUGGCCCGGUUGCUCCCGCACACCAAGGUCAAACCCUCCGUUAAUCAGAUCAAUCUCAAGGAUUGCUGUGUGGUGCCCAAGUCCUUGAUUUUGUAUGCGAAGCAGGAGAAGAUUCAGUUGUUGACGCAUAACGACUGCAAUGAUAUCUUGCCUGUUGGCACAACGCGCGAGCUCCUCGGGCCGGGCGAGAGGGGCGCUGGCAUUCUUGCUUCCUCGCCAGAUGCGAAUGACGGUAUCCAGGGUCAUAUUGAGACACAAUGGGUUGUCAAAUAUACCGCAGUUGUCAAGGACCGAGGGGUCGUUGAGAACAAGGGAUACUUUGCCCUAGCGGAUGUAGGAAACUGCGUCAAGCCAAGUUCAUGAACCAUUCCUUUUUUUUUUUUUUUU